AUGCCUGAAAUAACAUUCGUCUUCGGCCCUAACGGCAGCUUCUUCUUCGACUGCACCAAAGCAUGGAAAUUCGAUCGCAUCCCAGGGACCCUCCGACAGUUGUUCAACUCGUCUAUGGCUCCGGCAUGGAGAAUCACACAGCCAUAUUGUGUUGCUCUUGCGCCUCAGGUCAAUUCACCUGAGCCGCUGUGGUAUGUUGGAUGUAAGGUGUUGAGCGGAGAAGACAAGCUCUUCUACUCGCAGACCUACUUCGAGCAGACCUACCCAGACUUGUCACGGUGGACAAAGACGUUGCCCGACGCAUCCAGGACAUGCUUCGUUACCUUUGGCCUUAAACUCAGCUAUUUUGCAAGUGCCCUAGGGCAUGGUUCAAUAUGGGCAGGAAUACCCUCGGAGCUCGAAGACCAAGUACGAAAAUCGUUCGAGACCCCAUCCUGUGUCUCGUUAGGUGCGCACGGCGCGUGGUUCGUCUUGUGGCCUGAUGGCCACCGCUCGUGGAAUUUUUACGGCUACUACAAGGCCUUGGAUAAGGCCUUGACCGAGGCUGCACCUGCCUCUGUUUCGUACGUUGCGAUCUCGCCGUAUAACAAACACCACUACUUCGUCGCAUUCCGAGACCAGUCCAUCAAAUAUGACUUUACUGGAGCUCCAGCAGAGUGGAUGAAGCUCAUGACAGAGGUCUUCGAUGCAUGGCAAGUUGAGCGUCAGCAAAAGCCGCAGCAGCAGUUUUUUUCACCGAAUGCUAUACCAUACCCACAAGCUCAGCUAUAUCACCCUCCGCAACCGCAAAAGCAAGCUGCGUACUACUGUAAUAACUAUUUUACGGAGGCGCCACUUGCUACAGCUCAUGUUCUUCCCAUAUCUCCGCCAUUGACUCCGAAUACACCAUCAACGGGCUACCUGUAUUCAGCACUGCCGGGUGCUGUGCCAAACAACCCUUACAACUACCCGCCACCACUGGGGGGAGCCGUAGAGAUGCCAGUAGAAUUGCCGGGUAGCACGACGUUCGCAAAACCGGCACCUGUGCUGGCGAGACCCACGUCUACAGAGAAGAAGAAGAGGUUCCUGUCAAAGUUGUUCUGA